AUGGAACAAUAUACCAGUUUUUGCAUAACUGGAUGUAAAAUUCCCCUCACAAAGUGGAAUAGCCUUCCAGAAUUAAACAUAACCUGUAAAGACACCACCCCUAAACCCGAAUCGAUUGAAAACAACGAAAAAAUCACCAACUUAAUCAAACCGGAAGACGACGACGAAGAAGAAGAAGGAUUACAAGAAGUAGCCGGAAAAUUAGAAAUCCGAGUCGUUUCAAAAGAAACAAAACAAAGACCUCAAACUUUAACACCGGAAAAACCUCCAAUUUGCGGCCCGGUAAUUCCCCCAAAACUCGAACGCACCCGAAGCAUCCUAAAACAAGCGAGCAAAGAGAGCCACGAGGUGCCUCAAUCCCCCAAACGCGAAAAUAUAUGUUUCGCGCCCGAACCCGAACUCGUAAAACACUUAGAUAGUUACAAUAAAGAUUACGAAGAAUCCAGCAAUAAAAAUGAACCUCAAAAGAUUAACUCGAAUAACGGAGGCAAUAAUAAUAAGAAUGAAUCGGAAAGUUCCGGAACGGAAACGAACGAAAAAAAGAAGCAAUUAGAACGGAGGAAAAGUCAAGAUUCGCCGAGGCGCUUAUCGAUCGUUAAAAGCGAUUCGAAUUCGCAUUUAGAUUUUGAGCCGGUCGAAGCGUUGAGGAGGAGUAGUAGUGCUAAAUUGAUUCCGAAAUCGAUCGAGCGGGUUAAAAUUAACGCUUCGGAUAAUAGCAGUUCGACGAGUCAAGAGAAGGAGGUGACGACGACCACCUCGAAGAAAAUCGAGAGGAGGUGCGUUGUUAAUCCGCCUAUUAAGGCGCUAAUUGGGGAGGAGAUGCGAAAAGUGACUUGUUCGCCUGGGAUCGAUUUGAGUAGGAAUCCUCAGGUUACGUUUGUUCAACAUCAUCCAUCAUCGGGUGGUGAUCAAAAAAGAUCCGUCGCAAAUGGUCUUAGUCCGGGUGUUGAAGAACAAUCGGAAUAUUUCGAUGCGACCGAAAAUCCACUUAUUAAAGAUAAAAAACCGGAAGUUGAUGAUGAAGAUAGUGGUGUAGAUAACGCGAGUCAAAUUUUACGAGAAACUUCAGUCUCACCAGGAUUAGAUGGUAAUAGAGGCGUUUCAAGGAUUCCAGUGGCGGUUUCUGGAGGGGGUCAACGACUCGCAAAAUGUUUAAGAAAUGUUCGUGGGGUUCCUACCUGUUUAAUCGGGGCCUCUGAGUCAUCGCCGGACACUUCGGAGGGAGUCCCCGCGCCUCCGGAAGGCGAACCCACACAGGAGAGUAGCGUCAGGUGCCGGAGAUAUCGUCCGGUUACAUAACAAUAGAAAUUCCCCAUCGUUUUAAAUGUUUAAAAGUAGGGUUCCAAGAAGUGAAGAAACAAAAAAGGGAGUGGUUUUAAAAAUUUGGUUCGGAAAAGGAGGUUUACAAGAGAAAGAAUUAGUUUUUAUAGAAAUGAAAAGAAAAGACAUGGUAACAUUUUUUUUUUUUAUUAAUUUAUUGAAGUGGCGUCGUCGAAUCUCGGUUCUAUUUUUGUCCUUUCCUUCUAUUUUUCUUUAUUUAUUUAUUUAU